CCCCAGGCCCACGCCCCCCCUUCAAUUCUCUCUCCUCUCCGUAAUCACUCCAUUUCCCCUCCUUUCAUUUCUCCCUCAUUUUCUCUCUCUCUCUCUCUCUCACAUUCUCUCUCCCUCGAAUUUCUCUUCUAUGGCAGUCGACGACGACAUCUCCGGCGACGGAAUCUUCUGCACAGACCACCCAUUUCGUUCCGCUACCUCUCCUGGCGGCGGGAUCUGCGCCUUUUGCCUCCAAGAAAAACUCGGCAAGCUCGUCUCCUCUUCUUCCUCAUCUUUCUUCGUUCCUUCUUCCUUGUCUUCCUCCCCUUCCUUCAGAUCUGAUACCAACACUUGUUCCAAUACCAAUAAUGUCGCAGUUGCUAACACCAACGGAAACGGCAACGCCCGUCAAUAUAAUCAUUACCGUAAUCACCAGGAAUUACUAGUAGGAGUUGAAAGUGCAAGCUCUUCUAGUGCCGGAUAUCAACAUCAUCAUCAUAGAAGGGCCCGCAUACCUUUUCUCCUCACUCAAAAGAAGAAAAAAUUAUCUCCUACUGCUGUUUCUUCUUCUUCUACUACAACUACACUUCUCAAAAGAAGUAAAUCUACUGCUACUUUUACCACUGCUAAUUUCAGCCCUAGAAGAAAGGGUUUUUGGUCUUUUCUCCACCUCUCUAACAACACCUCCAAUAAAAAACCACCUUCCCCAAAACCGGGCCCACCAGAUAUUAGUACUACUACUACUACCUCGUCAACUGUGCUGGAAACAACAAUAGCUCCUCCUCCUCCUCCGCCUCCUGCGGUGUCGGUUGUUGUGGUGGAAGGGAUUGAUGAUAGCCCCAACAGUAGCGGGACAAAUGCGGCGUCGUUUGGACGGAAAGUGUCGAGAUCUAGAUCUGUAGGGUGUGGGAGCAGGAGUUUUUCAGGGGAUUUUUUUGAGAGGAUUUCAACGGGUUUUGGUGACUGUACACUUCGGCGCGUGGAGUCACAUCGUGAAGGAAGUAAACACCGACACUCAACCUCACGCGCUUCCGGUGAUACUAUUCGAGACAAAGUUCGUUGUGGUGGUCUUUUUGGUGGCUUUAUUAUUACAUCAUCGUCUUCUUCAACUUCUUCUUCUUCCUCUUAUUGGCCUGCUGAUGGAAGGCCCAAUGGGCCCACUGCCACUCCUGGAACUGGGCCGUUAGUCCAUGGCAGGAGUAGGAGUUGGGGGUGGGCUUUUGCCAGCCCAAUGAGAGCUUUUGCUAAGCCUACUAUUACUACUACUAUGGUCACAAAUGAUGGUAAGAGAGACUUGGGUGGUAAGAGUGGGACCGAGUUAAGUAAGAACAGCAAUGGAACAACUAAUUUGGCUGCCAUUCCUUCUUUGCUAUCUGUAAGAGGUUAAUAAAAUUCAUAGUAUUUUUAUCUUCUUUGAAAAAAUCUGGUCCAUUUUAGAGUUUAUAUAUUGUUAGCUUGUUCAAUUCUUCAUUUUCUCUCUAUAAAAAUAUAUGUUUAAUGAUGUGUAUUAUUACUAUGUUUAUGGUGUCUGAUGAUAUUUUGUUAGUUUCUGAGAAUGAAGUUUAUAUUGUAAACACCUUUUUUAGGGGUUGA